CGAAGAAGAAAACGUCACAGCAGUCUUCAAGCCAGUCUGUCAGCACUACCGCUGCAGUCGUCGUGUUUAAAUCAUGUCUGAGAAAGAGCUCGGCCAGAAGUGGGACCGCUGCCUCGCGGACUGUGCCGUUAAAGUUGGCACUGGUCUGGGCAUAGGAAUCGUGUUCUCAGUUGUGUUCUUCAAGCGCCGGACGUUGCCCAUUGCGUUUGGCACAGGACUAGGUCUUGGCAUGGCAUAUUCCAACUGCCAGAAUGACUUUAGAUCACAUUAUGUGCUGCACAGUAAUGUUACUAAGGAACAGUAGAAUUGCAUCAGUUAUGGACUCUAUCUUCUGCCUUGCUCUUCUUUCAUUUACAUGAAGCCUGACACAAUCAGAGUGGUUGGCUCCCUCUACUCCAUAAUAUGUAUGUUCUUCAACAGGACAGCCUGGAUGAGAAAAGCCUUUAUGAUAAUAAAAGGUUACAUUUCGAAGUUUGCUAAAGAUUGCUUUAUAUUGUUUACCUAGCAUUUUAAUAAAGUAUAUUAAUUUAUGCCUCUUAUUCAUGCAUAUCAUGUUGCCUGUAUGCUUUCAUUAUAAUCUCAAUAAUGGUGUGGGCGCAGCAGCUGCUGUCAUUCGGCUUUUUAUUCGGGCCUUGAUGAUUUUCCACACCAGCCAAACCAGUGCACUUAUUGUUUUAAAAUAAAAGCUGGACAAACUUGCAAUGUGUUCAGAGCAAUGUUGGCAUGAUGACAAUUGUCCUCCAGUGAAGUGUGUUUUUUUUGUUUAGUUUUUUUCUGUUCUUAAAAUUGCACUCUUUUUGUAUUGUUGCUUUUUAGACAAAGGUAAAAGUGAGAAUUCUGGCCAGUAUAUCAAAAGUUCCACGCAUGAUGUGAUGUGUGAAUAUAAAUGGAAGUUAAUUUAUUUUAGAAAUAAGGCUUCAAAGAAUUGUUACAGAUAUGGUGGGUGUAAAACAAAAAAACUAAACAAAUAUUAAAUUUUUUGCUUUUUUUCUUAAGUCAGUAUCACCAUUUUCUUUUCCUGGAAUAAAGUUAAAAAAGGGGCAAAGAUAAUAUCAUUAUCCAUUCUAUCCAUCAAGGGAUAUUCCAAUUAAAACACAAGUUGUGCUCUAUCUGCAUCACCUGUUGCAUAUAUAAAAACACAUUGACGAUUAUGCACUAAUAGUGAAAGUUUAUGGGGCAACUGUAAUUUACAACAUUAAUUUUGACUAAUUUCUCAGCUCAUAAAAACAUGAAAAUGCACUGACAAUUACAGACUUGCAAUGUAUGGUGCAAAAGUGAAAUGGUUUUGACUAAUUUAUGUGUUUGUUAAAAGAAAUGUGACCAAUGGAAGUCUGUCGCAACCACUCUUGAAAUGUUUAUGGUUCUUGUGGUUUGUUUAAG